GCCUAUUAGUGUUAGAUAAAUAGUUGCAUCCUUGGUACGAUGGAGUCAAAUACAUUGUUAUUAUGUUUAGUUUCUGCGGUUUUUCUUCGUGAAGCCUCAGCUUCUGGCGAAUACGUUCCAAAAUAUGUAUAUCUAAUUGACGAAGAUGGUUCACCCUCCCUACCAAUCCAUGUUCGUAAUAGGCGAGAUGUAGAACAAGUACUUUCGAGAAUCAGAAGAGGUGGUGCUUAUUCUUACUCGGGAAGUAGCAGCUUACCAGACUUUAGCGGAGGAUUCGCCGGUCCUCCUCCAGAGUUAGCACAACUUCACUCAGAUAUUGCAAAAAUGACAUCAAACAUCGAACAUGAGGUUUUAUCUCAUGUCCAGAAUAUCGCUGCUUCUCACCCCACAGGUGCAGGUGCAAGCUCUGGAUCUUAUUCCUAUUCAGGAUCUUCGGGUAAUUCUGGAGGAUAUGGAGGCGCAUCAGGUGGACAUGGAGGUUCAGGACCUUCUGGAGGAUAUAGAUCUGCGCCAUCUGGAGGCUACGGUUCAGGCGGUAGUUCUGGACCCAGUUUAUUCAGCAGAAGUGGUGUUGAGAAAGGAUCUGGAAUAAAGGUGUCGUCGGCUGCACAGGGACCAAAUGCAGCAUUUAGUUAUUCUUCGUCAGCUUCAGAUGGUCAAGGAAAUGUAAAAUAUAAUGUUAAAUCUGGUCAAUAUUAAUAAUAAUUUAUACAAUAAUAAAGGUAAUAAUACACACAAAUGAAUGUGCUUAAUUUCUUCAUAACAAUUACACACAUUUAAUAUCCUAUUUUCAUAUCACUUAUUCUCUAAAGAAAAAUUAAAUUUCUUCUGAAGUUGUUGGCUAAUAUGUUUAUACGGAUUUUCUAAUUCAAUAUCAGUCUUCGGUAUCCUACAAAUUCUUUUUACUUUAGGUGACAGCAGUAUUACAUUUUGAAUUAGUCCAUAUGCACUUGAAGUGGUCCAGUACAACACAAGGCACUAUAAAAAAAUAAAAUGAGGGUUACUGGCAGCAUUAAUAUUUUUUUAUGAUUGAUUCAUGUUAAAUAUUAAUAUAACUAAAUAAG